AUGGGGGCAUUUGCGUUUGUCGUUGGACAAAAAAAGACUACACUACCAGAUCACCACGUGGCUCAUGCGUCCGCCUUUCUUGUUGCGUUUCUCUGCAGUGUGUUCCUCUCUGCCGUUCAACCGCCGCAUCUCACGAUCUCAUCGCCGUUAAGCAAGGAUCCAGUCUCAGAGCUGUCGGCGAUGUGCCAUUUCGACUUUGAUAGGCAACGUCGUACGUGCGUCCAGCAGCAACUCGUCGCACGGCCUUCGACAGGGGCUCCCCCGACUUAUACCAUUCACACCAUCCACACCCUACCCUCUGGUGUUUAUUCGUACAACAGCACAUCGACCUUCCCAUUAACAGUUUUACCCAAAGAGGGUGCCGACUGUCUGGGACUGCCGACUUCACUGUUUCUAAUCGCCGACUCCAGCGGGCUUAAGCACGCAAGUCACACCAUAAACUCGGCACCUCCAGACCCCUACCUUAGUCAUGAGCCUGACGAGCCCAUGGCCUGUCCGUCCGUCUGUCUGUCUGUUCAUUCGAGAGACGGAGAGCCUCCCCUACGCCCAUCCAGCACUGGACACUCUUGGGCCCGCGAAACCGGCCGCAGCCGACUCCAGGAGCCACGCCCUCUGAGGCUCUGCCUGGGUACCAGAGACGGCGUCGUUGUUUCAACCUUCUACGAAACCGACGUGGUCCGUCCUUCCUCAUCCUACCCUCAGGCUUCCCCAGAGUCUCUCCAAGGGGCCGUUCAGACUCAGCCUUACCCUCCCCGACCCCGGGCCCGACCGAGUCCCAGACAGCCUCCAGGCGCCGGCGACGUGUCCGUCACACCCAUGGAGGCUCUACUCACACACAUACACACCCCAUCCAUCAUGAGACGAUGGAGGGAGGGAGAGAGGCAGCGGGAUGCCGACAGGGACCUGAAUGUCGGCGCCGCACCGCACGGAUUUACAGUUUCCCUGAGGUUUGUCAUGAUGGUCAAGGCGGACUCCGACGGACGGGAGGCUCAGUCUCUCACCCACACGGCGACGGGCGACGUCGGCUUGGUUUACUCCAUUUGGCCGGGACGGGGACUUUGUUUGCUUGGUUUCUUGGACGCCGGUGAAGGUUGGCGCGGCGCGGUGCUUUUUGGCGAUGACUACGGUUUCGUCUUGUGCCGGUAUUGUCGAGUUAGGAGGUUCGCCGAGGUUGCGUUGUGCCACGGCCGACAAGGAUCUCUACACAAUGACGACGUAUUGCAAACUACCAAUGGAAGGUCGUUCCGAGCCUAG